CUCCCCUGCAGCACAGGAUGAAACCGCUGGCAUCCUGCCUGGGCCUGUGGCUUCUCUUCCAGCUCCCUACCCUGGUCUGUGGGACGCGUGUGGUCUACAAAGUGCAGGAGGAACAACCCCCCAACACCCUCAUAGGGAGCCUGGCCUCUGACUACGGCUUCCCAGACGUGGGGCACCUCUACAAGCUGGAAGUGGGGGCCCCGUACCUACGUGUGGAUGGCAAGACUGGGGACAUCUACACCACAGAGACCUCCAUCGACCGGGAGAGCUUGCGUGACUGCCAGCACCUCCUGCCCGGGAAGCCCUGCUUCCUGGAGUUUGAAGUGUCCAUCACUGACCUGAUCUUGAACAGCAGCCCACGCCUGCUGGAGGGGCAGAUAGAGGUGCUCGAUAUCAAUGACAACACCCCCAACUUUGCCUCGCCCGUUCUCACCCUCUCCAUCCCUGAAAAUACCAACAUCGGGGCGCUCUUCCCCAUCCCCCUGGCCAUGGACCGGGACUCAGGCCCCAAUGGCGUUGCCUCCUAUGAGCUGACGGCUGGACCGGAGGCGCAGGAGCUCUUUGGGCUGCAGGUGGCGGAGGAUCAGGACGAGAAGCAACCUCAGCUGAUCGUCAUGGGGAACCUGGACCGGGAGCAGUGGGACUCCUACGAUCUGACCAUCAAGGUGCAGGACGGAGGCAACCCUCCGCGGGCGAGCAGUGCCCUGCUUCGCAUCACCAUCCUGGACAUGAACGACAACGCGCCCAAGUUCGAGAAAGCCCUGUACGAGGCGGAGCUGUCCGAAAACAGCCCUGUGGGGCACUCUGUCCUCCAGGUGAAAGCCAAUGACUCGGACCAGGGCGCCAACGCCGAAAUCGACUACUCCUUCCACCAAGCCUCGGACAUGGUGCGCCGGCUGCUGCGCCUGGACCGCGCCACGGGGCUCAUCACCGUGCAGGGGCCCAUCGACCGCGAGGACGUCAACAUCCUCAAGUUCUCUGUCAUGGCCAAGGACAAGGGGGCCAACCCCAAGAGCGCCCGCACCCAGGUGGUGGUCACCAUCAAGGACAUGAACGACAACGCGCCCUCCAUAGAGAUACGGGGCAUUGGGCUCGUGACUCACCAGGAUGGCAUGGCAAACAUCUCGGAGGAUGUGCCAGUAGAGACAGCAGUGGCUCUGGUGCAGGUGUCCGACCGAGAUGAGGGUGAAAACGCCGUGGUGACCUGCGUGGUGGCUGGUGACGUCCCAUUCCAGCUGCGGCAGGCUAGUGAAACAGGGAGCGACAGCAAGAAGAAAUACUUCCUGCAGACCACCACGCCGCUGGACUACGAGUCAGUGAAGGAGUACACGAUUGAGAUUGUGGGAAAAUCAGGGAACCCGCCCCUCUCCAGCACCAACUCUUUGAAGGUGCAGGUGUUGGAUGUGAAUGACAAUGCACCCGUCUUCAGCCAGAGCUUCACCGAGGUGGCCUUCCCCGAGAACAACGAGCCCGAUGACCUGGUGAUGGAGGUGAGUGCCAGCGAUGCUGACAGCGGCUCCAACGCCAAGCUGGUUUACUCCCUGGUGACGGACCCCUCCUCCAAGGGCUCCUUCACCAUUGACCCCGACUCUGGGGAGAUCCGGGUGAAGGCGGUGCUGGACCGAGAGCAACGGGAGCGCUACGAGUUCUUGGUGGUAGCGGCAGACAAGGGCAGCCCCAGCCUCAAGGGCACAGCGUCUGUGGCCAUCAACGUCAUGGACAGGAAUGACAACGACCCCAAGUUCAUGCUGAGCGGCUACAACUUCUCAGUGAUGGAGAACAUGCCGCCCCUCAGCCCUGUGGGCAUGGUGACGGUGAUCGAUGCUGACAAAGGAGAAAAUGCCCGCAUCCAGCUGUCGGUGGAGCAAGACAAUGGGGAUUUUGUCAUCCAGAAUGGCACUGGCACCAUCCUCUCCAGCAUCUCUUUUGACCGGGAGCAGCAGAGCACGUACACGUUCCGACUCAAGGCAGUGGAUGGUGGGGAUCCUCCGAGGUCUGCCUACGUGGGGGUGACCAUCAACGUCUUGGAUGAGAAUGAUAACGCCCCCUUCAUCACUUCACCCUCCAAUGCCACCUACAAACACAUCCUGCCCCACACCAGCCCUGGCCAGCAGGUGAGCAAGGUCAAGGCGGAGGACAUUGACUCUGGCGUCAACGCGGAGCUGACCUACAGCAUCACAGGAGGCAACCCCUUUGAGCUCUUCCAGAUCUCCCCGCAGAGUGGAGACAUCACCCUGGAGAAGGAGAUCCUGCGCAAGCACCAUGGCCUGCACCGCUUGGUAGUGCGCGUCAACGACAAGGGCAAACCCUCGCGGCACGGCACGGCGCUGGUGCACUUCUAUGUCAACGAGACACUGGCCAACCGCACGCUGCUGGACACGCUGGUGGGGCACAGUCUGGACACACCGCUUGACAUAGACAUCGCCGGAGACCCUGAAUACGAGCGCAGCAAGCAGCGAAGCAACAUCCUCUUCGGAGUCAUCGCUGGCAUCGUGGCCGUCACGCUGGUCAUCGUGCUGGUCGUCUUGGUGCGCUACUGCCGGCAGCGGGAGGCCAAGAGCGGCUACCAGGCAGGCAAGAAGGAGACCAAGGACCUGUAUGCACCCAAGCAGGCCAGCAAGAGCGGUAAGAGCAAGAGCAAGGUGAAGAAGAGCAAGUCUCCGAAGCCGCCCAAGCCCACGGAGGAUGAGGAAGAGACGGGGCUGCAGAAAUCACUCAAGUUCAACCUCAUGAACGACUCUGUCAGUGACAGCCCCCGAAUCCACCUGCCCCUCAACUACCCACCGGGCAGCCCAGACCUGGGUCGCCACUACCGCUCCAACUCGCCGCUGCCCUCCAUCCAGCUGCAGCCUCAGUCGCCCUCGGCCUCUAAGAAGCACCAAGUGGUGCAGGACCUGCCGGCCACCAACACCUUUGUUGGCACCGGGGACAACAACUCGACGGGAUCCGAGCAGUACUCGGACUACAGCUACCGCACCAAUCCCCAGAAAUACACCAACAAGCAGGUAGGAGAGCUCAUCCUGAGGCCGGCAGCGGCCCCCCCCCUGCACCGGGGAGCCAUCUGGACAGAGGUGUGGGAGUGA